AUGGUAGGAAUCGUUGAGCUGACUUUGAACAGACUUGAGAGGAGAAAUGCCAUUGGGAGGGAUUUUCUGAGAGGGUUUAUAGAGUCUCUUGAAGCUGUCAGUAAGGAUUCCUCUGCUAAUGUGGUUUUGAUUCAUAGUUUAGUUCUGAAGGUGUUUUGUGCUGGUAAUGAUUUGAAGAGCUAUACUAGCAGAGUAUGCUGGUGCUGUCCUUGGAGUAUUGUCUGCACUGCUAUAUGGGAGGAGAAGACAUGUUUGGAAAAAGAUCCAAAGAAACAAGAGAAAGGUUAUCUUGAACCAUGGCUAGCUUAUUGUUUGUCAGGAUUAUUGGGGCUGAACAUUCAAAGAUGCAACUGUGGUAUUCUUUCAGGAUUGAAGUGCCUUCAACGAAAUUUUGAUAUCAGAAAAGAGGCAGGCCAUGUCUCUUUUCGCGUUGUGGAGAAAGUAUUCACAACUCAAGUAUCAGAAAACUACCUUGAAGUUCAUCUCUUUUGGGCUGGGAAAGGGACUUGUUGCAUACCAAAGCAAGGUACUUAUGGCCCUUCUAUUUCAGCCAUCAGUGCUACUGCAGAGUUCUUGGGAAUGGAUGUUAGACCUUUCACUUUCAGUUAUGCUGAACUAAAGACAGCGACAAACAAUUUUGAUUAUGCUAAUAAGUUAGGAGAGGGUGGAUUUGGACUUAUCUAUAAGGGAUCACUUGAUGAUGGAAGAGUGAUAGCUGUGAAGCAACUGUCUAUGACUUCUCAUCAAGGAAAGAGCCAGUUUGUGGCUGAAAUUGCCACAAUAUCUAGUGUCCAACACCGAAACUUGAUCAAAUUGCAUGGAUGUUGUAUUGAGGGAGGCAAACAACUUCUUGUUUACGAGUAUCUGGAAAGCAAGAGUCUUGAUCAAGCACUUUUUCGGAACAAUAGCUUGAAGCUAGAUUGGUCAACACAUUUCGACAUUUGUUUAGGUAUAGCAAAAGGUCUAGCUUAUCUUCAUGAAGAGUUACGGCUAAGAAUCAUCCACGGAGAUGUGAUGACAAUAAGACUCACAUUAGUACUCAUGUUGCUGGAACAAUUGGCUAUCUUGCACCAGAAUAUGCCAUGCGCGGACAUCUUAUAGAGAAAGCCAACAUGUUUGCUUUUGGUGUUGUGGCGCUAGAGACUAUCAGUGGCAGGUCGAACUCUGCUCCUAAUUUGUAAGAAGAACAAAUAUAUCUUCUUGAAUGGGCUUGGAACUUACAAGAACAAAACAAUGAAGCUAAUCUUGUGGAUUAAGAGUUAUCCAAAUUUGAUGAAGAUGAAGUGGGAAGACUCAUAAGAGUAGCUCUUUUAUGCACUCAAACAUCACCAACAUCAAGGCCAUCAAUGUCUAGAGUUGUGGCAAUGCUUUUAGGAGAUAUUGAAGUAAGCACUCAAAUCUUAAGGCCUGGUUACUUGGCUGAUUGGAGUUUGGAUAUUCUAAGCACCAUAUUAAGUGAUGUUGCAACUAUGGGAACUGAUUCUACCUACUAUGAUUCACUUGCUAGUAUGAGCAUGGUGGGGGAUGCAUUGCCAUCGUCUGCCAAAGGCGCCACUCAUCCAAUUCUUCAAAGCUACAAGUCCAAAGGCACAUUUGGAAGAUCAUGAAUUCUUACCUUUACUUUUGAAUAUGCAACUGUUUAAGACUAUUUUGUUGACUAUUGUGAGAAUAUUUUGUUUAUGUUAAUUAGGCAGUGUUGAAUAUCUUAAGACUUUUGGAUUGUUUUUAAGAUAAUCUUGAAUGUAUUUUGACACAAUUAUUUGGUUAUAUGUGUUAUGAACCAUAUAAUUGGUACUCAAAAAUAUAUUUGUACAA